AUAAGCCUUAAUUUACAUGUGUCAGAAUGAACUUCAAAAUCAAAAAUCCCUAUACCAGAUUCUAUUCUAAAUACUGUAACAUUACCAUGUACCAACAGUGUUAGUACAAUGAUUAUUUUUAAAACAAAUUAUUUUUAUAGAUAAAUUUAAAUGGCUAGGUAAAUAUUACUUUCAAAUAAGAAUUUAUUUGUUCGAAAUUUUUUGUUGACAGUAUGAUGUGAUGAUCAAAUUUCUCAAACUAAAUUUAAAUAGUCUAGAAGUAUCAAUAAAAUUAUCCAAUUUUAUAAUUUUACAAAGAAUGUCUAACCCGUCCAAUCUAAUAAUUGUACAAAGAAUAUCUAAUUCCAACACAAAUACUCCCGCGUAUUGUGCUGAAAAUAAAAACGUUAUAUCAGAUAACGUAAUUAAACAAGGUACAGGUAUAACUAAUUUCGUCGAAUCGAAUGAUAAUCAACGAGAAAACAUAUAUCCACCAGGCACUACAAAUCAGUUCUACAAUUACAACCAUUCUUUCAAUAACCAACUGUUGAAUGUUCCAGAAUUUUUCUGGUAUAAUCAAAAUUAUUUUCAUUUACCACAACAAAACUAUUAUUCUGGAGCUCCUAUUUAUUGCAGAAAUCCUAGUCCAUUAUUAACUAAUACAAGAAACUUUCAUAUAACACAUAGCGACCAAAAUAAUAGAGGACGGUUUUUAAAAAGAAUUGGUAUGGACAUUACUGCUCUAAGAAAUUGGCAGAAUGUACAAGUUAGACCAAGUUCAAAACCAGGUUUCAUUUUCACCAUAAUGUCAUUUAAUGUUCUUGCCCAAGAUUUACUAGAAAUUCAUCCAUAUCUUUAUCACUCACAUGAUACGAAAUCAUUAAUUUGGGAAAAUAGAUGGAAUAAUAUAUUUAAGGAAAUUUCACAACUUCAACCAGAUAUUCUCUGCCUACAAGAAGUACAAUAUUCACAUAUACAUGAAUAUUAUUCGAGGCUUGAAACUUUAGGUUUCACUGGGAUAUUCAAGAAAAAAACUGGUGAUCGAACUGAUGGUUGUGCUCUUUAUUACAAAACAGACAAACUCCAAAUGGUCGAACAUAAACUUGUCAAUUUUUUUCAACCAACAGUAUCUUUAUUAGAUAGACAUAAUGUAGGGAUAGUUGCUAAAUUUGUACCUAAACUUCAUCCUACCAGAGAAUUUGUAGUCGCUACCACUCAUCUUCUUUAUAAUCCUAGAAGAGAUGAUGUUAGACUCGCACAAAUGCAACUGCUUUUGACUGACAUAGAAAAGAUGAGCUAUAAAGAUGAUAAUGGGAAACCAAGUUAUCUACCUAUGAUUGUAACUGGUGAUUUAAAUUCUGACCCCUACUCUAAUCUCUAUGAAUAUGUAACGAAGGGAGAAAUCAAAUAUGAAAAUUUAGCCCCAGCCUUAUUGUAUAACCAUGCAGAAACAAAUAAACAAUUACUUGUAACUUCGAGUCUAGGAAUAACAGAUAACAGUCAAUAUUUAGAAGUUAUCGAAAAGAGAACUAGCAAUGAAAAUGUAGUCAUUGAUGUAGAUCAAAUAGAGGAGUGUCCACAGAAAUCGGAUUUUAAAGAAUUAAAAGAACCUAAAUUACAAAAAAGCAAAGAUUAUAAAAUGAGAACUCUGUCUCACAAUUUUAAAUUUAAAUCUGUUUAUGAACAUGGAUCAGAAGAAAACAAUGGGGUGACAACAUUUCAAGAUAAAUGGGUAACAGUGGAUUACAUAUUUUAUAGAUAAAUUUGAGAAUAGAACAGGGAGCAAAUUACAACUUCUUUCAAGAUACAGGCUGCCAACGCGUGAAGAAUUCAAUGGGAUCAGAAUACCAAAUUAUGUUAUGGGGUCCGAUCACCUAUCUUUAAUAGCAAAAUUUAAACUGGAAUUCUGACAGCGAAUUAAAAAGUUGUUACGAUAACUUAUCUUACCCAUAAAUAUGUUAUUUGUCGACAUUUUCCUUCAAUAUUAUUGUUGUAUUUUAAUUGUUCAGAAUUGUUUUAUAAAUGGGUGAUAUAAAGUCUAAUUCAACUACAUUUUGAUUUGUAAUUACAAAAAAAAAUUCCUAAAUAAACGUUUAUUAUUUAA